UAAGGAUGAGCUAUAUAGCACGUCCAGCUGUGGGCGGGCGUUGUAGUUCAAACUAAGGGACGAUACUCGCGCGGAGCUGUGUCAGUGUCCUGUAGCGUUGGAUAUUAUCCGAGCAUUCUAAACAUGGCUGGCGGCAAAGCAGGGAAGGACUCGGGGAAGACCAAGACCAAGGCUAUCUCGCGCUCACAGAGAGCAGGACUGCAGUUCCCCGUGGGCCGUAUCCACAGACACCUCAAGACGAGGACCACCAGCCACGGCAGAGUGGGAGCCACCGCCGCCGUGUACAGCGCUGCUAUUCUCGAAUACCUCACAGCCGAGGUCCUGGAGUUGGCAGGAAACGCAUCGAAGGAUCUGAAGGUGAAGCGCAUCACCCCCCGCCACUUGCAGCUGGCCAUUAGAGGAGAUGAGGAGUUGGAUUCACUCAUCAAGGCCACCAUUGCCGGUGGAGGUGUUAUCCCUCACAUCCACAAGUCUCUGAUUGGAAAGAAGGGCCAGCAGAAGACUGUAUAACGUGGAGUCCCCUGGAAGUCGUGCCAUCUCAGGACGAUGUCUACAUCAAGUGAUUGUUUGUCUUUAGAUUAGAUCGCCUUUAGGAGUUGUUUGUAUUGUUGAGCUUGCAUUUACUCACCUGGGGUAUUUUUAAAAAGUGGCUUCAGAGAAGCUCAUCUUUUUGUUUUUUUUGGCUUUUUUUUUUUUCUGGUGCUGCAGUUCAUGUGUCAAAAACUUACGUUGUCGCAUUCCCGUGUUUAAAGUGGUGUUUUAAUAAAGCUCUUGUUCGGGCA